AGUAGUUGCAUCUUCUAUUGACUACAGACUUCUUUAUUCCCAGUACUCAAUGUACCAAGUAAAAUCCCAUCUUACUUCUUCACUUAUAUAUUUCUCAGUCUCAACCAUCAUCUCCCACUGUCUUUUCAAUUGUUCAGGAAACCAUAACAGCAAAAAUGGCACCUUCCCUUUGUUUUGGUCCCUUCAGACUCCAUUUCAUGCUUUUAGUUUUCGCCAUCUUGAACACCAGUUUACUUGCAAGUGACCCUCCUUUAACAUUGGACUACUAUGCAUCUAAUUGUCCCACUUUGUUUGAGAUUGUAAAGAAAGAAAUGGAGUGUGAAGUUCUCUCAGAUCCUCGUAAUGCUGCCUUGAUAGUCCGGUUACACUUCCAUGACUGUUUUGUUCAGGGAUGUGAUGGUUCAGUUUUGCUAGACGAUACGAUUUCACUAAAAGGAGAGAAGAAGGCUUCCACCAACAUAAACUCUUUGAAAGGUUUCAGGAUUAUUGACAGGAUAAAGAACAAGCUUGAAUCAGAGUGUCCCGGAAUUGUCUCUUGCGCCGAUAUUCUCACUAUUGCAGCAAGAGAUGCUGUGAUUCUGGUUGGUGGACCUUAUUGGGAUGUUCCUCUAGGAAGAAAGGACUCUAUAACUGCUAGUCCUGAACUUGCAGAAACCAACCUUCCUACUCCAGUUGAAGGCCUUAUGUCUAUCAUUUCCAAAUUUCUUUACCAAGGCCUUUCGGUCACAGAUGUGGUAGCUCUUUCAGGAGCUCACACAAUCGGUAUGACACGGUGUCAGAAUGUUCGAGCAAGGAUCUAUGGUGACUAUGAAUCAACCUCAGGAAUCGACCCUCUUUCAGGGUCAUACCUCAGCAGCUUGAGGUCAACUUGCCCCAUAGGUGGAGAUGAAAAUAACAUUACAGCCAUGGACUAUGUCACUCCUGAACUAUUUGACAAUUCUUUCUAUCAUUUACUAUUGAAAGGGCAGGGACUACUCAACUCAGACCAGGAAAUGUAUUCUAGCUUGUUGGGUAUCGAAACCAAGAAACUUGUUCAGAAGUAUGCAGAAGACGCGAUUGCUUUCUUCCAGCAAUUCUCAGAUUCAAUGGUGAAAAUGGGGAAUAUAACUAACGAGGACAGCUUUACCACCGGAGAGGUCAGGAAGAAUUGCAGAUUUGUGAACACAUGAGCUUCUGCAAUUAGUCCCCAAGAAAAAUGUUCAUUUUACAAACCAUAUCUGUUGUACUACUUACACAAAGUGAUCACAAAUUGUUAUGUAUGAGACCAUUGAGGCAUAUUUCCGUAUAAAGUCUGAUCCAAUAUAUUCGGAAGAUAAUGUUUUAUAUGA